GAUGCACUUCGUCUCACGAACUUCUUUCAAAAGCUAAGACCUAGAACAGUGGGAGCCGUUUUCAGCUCCGUAGCUAGUACAUAUGACACUAUGAACGAUUUCAUGUCUCUAGGAAUUCACCGCCUGUGGAAAGAUCACUUCGUUCGAUCCUUAAAUCCCGGUUCACGAUAUCCGAACGACCACUCAGACACACAGCAAGGCUGGAAUAUCCUCGACGUGGCCGGAGGGACGGGAGACAUUGCCUUCCGGAUGCUAGACCAUGCGAUGAACAUCAAUAAUGACCACAAUACGCGUGUAACCAUAGCGGAUAUCAACCCAGACAUGCUCGCGGAAGGGAAGAAGCGGAGUCUCGAGACCCCAUAUUACAAUACGGAUAGAUUAGCUUUUAUGCAGGGGAAUGCCGAAUCGAUGCCAACGAUACCGGAUAACUCGAUUGAUAUGUAUACUGUUGCGUUCGGCAUUCGUAAUUUCACGGAUAAGCAAGCAGCCCUGAACGAAGCAUUCCGCGUCUUGAAACCUGGUGGUGUCUUUGCAUGUCUGGAGUUUAGCAAGGUAACAAACGGGCUAGUCGACGAAUGGUACAAGCUGUGGAGCUUCAGUGCAAUUCCUCUGAUUGGGCAGUUAGUGGCAGGUGAUCGGGCCAGCUACCAGUACUUGGUUGAAAGCAUUGAAAAAUUCCCAAGCCAGGAAGAAUUCCGCAAGAUGAUUCAGAAAGCUGGCUUUAUGAUUCCUGGACGUGGUUAUGAGAACCUCAGUUUGGGAAUUGCUGCAAUUCAUAAGGGUGUGAAGCCGUUGGCAAGCUCAAAACAGACGCGCACCAUCAAUGAAUAA